GUUGUACCUCGUCACAUUCGUCAAUAUGAAAAUCUUAUUACCUUAUCGGCUUGGAGAUGGUCGUAACAUAGGCACCAGCUGCUCCAAGUUUCUUAUCGUUCCUCUGGUAUUAUUGGGUUCCAUUUUACUUCUACUAUCGGUUUCAAGCAACUCGGAAAAUCGUGCAAAAGCUGAACAAGAAAGUGUAAGGAGAAAUAAGAAAGGCCAACAGAUAUUUAAAGCAUUCUACGAUUGUGUUGAACCAAAACUUUCUCCAUUUCGAGGCAAUAAUGAUAAGUUUUGGUUAUCAUUUGUAAAUGAAACAUUAAAAUGUGACAAUCUAAAAGAAUAUGAAUCAUUUAAUAUUCUGCCUGUUGCAAACAAAGACGAAAUUAAAUAUUUCAUUCCUCCAAAUAAAGAAGUUCCUAUGACUAUGGUAACUUUGGGUAUUGGUCAUGAUGUUGAUGCUGAAAAAACACUGAAACAGGUUUUGCCAAAAACAGAGUUUUUCGGAGCCGAUCCGACUUCAAAAAUAAAUAAGGACUUGUAUGAAAAAGACCUCGGAGGUAAAUACUUUGAGUACGCUGUUGGCGGUCAAAAUGGAAUUCAAGAAGCUUUUGUUCUUAUAGAUGGAGCAUAUAGUAACCGAAAUGUUCUGAACAUUGAAGCAGACCUUUUUUUGAGAGACGAAGUACAGAAACAAAAAGUCGAUAUUUUAUGGAUGGACAUUGAAGGACACGAGUUUCCAGUACUGGAGAUGCUCCAUCGAGGAGGCGCAUUUGACAAUAAAGGUGUUAAAAUAUGUCAAAUUAACACGGAAAUCCAUAAAGAUUUGGACAAUGGUGUCACUGGAGAACAAAAUAUGUUCCAUGAAUUUGUUUGGAAAUUAUUGGAAGAUGGUCGAUAUGUGAUGGUCAAACCGUUUUUGGUUUAUUUCUAUAAAGAUUUUAUUCGAACUACUCUUAUUAAUGUUCACGAUAAAGAGUGCACGGAUUUGUACAUUAAAUAAUUUUGUUCUGAUAAAAUUCAUCGUUUCAUGCUCUUUUUAGGAAAUAAAUCGUUUU